AUAAAUAUUUGACCGCGACGGAAGCGCUCGAGUCUUCAGUGACCAGGGGUCUUCAGCGCUCCUUACGGCACCAGACCAACACUUUCUCCGCUUUUUUUCCCCCGUUUUCUUUCCCUUUUGUUUGUUGACAUGCCGUCCGUCCGGCGUAGUUGUGAGGCUCCGCACCGCCUGUGAAGGUUUUCUCCUGCGCACCGGGGACGCGUCCGAGCGAGGGAAGUGCGUAAGGCGGGUCUCCUCCAAGCCGAGCUCCAUGUGAACCAGGCUCCGCACCUCCGAACAUCUCCCGAUCUCCUCCCGCGCGAGCCGAGCCGAGGCGAAGGUGCCGUUACGCGCACAGAAGACGGGGAUCCCCGCUGUCGCCGCAGGGCUGUGUUUGCAUCACGCGUGCGGGUGGAGAAGACUGGUUGGUGGUGAUCGUUGGUGGUGGCGGAGGAGGACACUGGUCUGCUGGAGCCCAGGACGGACGCCCCGGAGCCGGACUCCUCCAUUCUCAGGACCAUGGUACUGGACAAGGAGGAAGGUGUGCCCAUGCUCUCUGUGCAGCCCAAGGGCAAGCAGAAGGGCUGUGCCGGCUGCAACCGCAAGAUCAAGGACCGCUACCUGCUGAAGGCCUUGGACAAGUACUGGCAUGAGGACUGCCUCAAGUGCGCCUGCUGCGACUGUCGGCUGGGUGAGGUGGGCUCCACGCUCUACACAAAAGCCAACCUCAUCCUGUGUCGCAGGGACUACCUGAGGCUCUUUGGUACAACGGGGAACUGCGCAGCCUGCAGUAAACUGAUCCCAGCCUUUGAAAUGGUGAUGAGAGCCAGGGAUAAUGUUUACCAUUUGGACUGUUUCGCCUGUCAGCUUUGUAACCAGAGGUUUUGUGUCGGGGACAAAUUUUUCCUAAAGAACAACAUGAUUCUGUGUCAGAUGGACUAUGAGGAGGGACAGCUGAACGGGAGCUUCGAGACGCAGGUUCAAUAGCAGGAGGGGCCGCUCGCAUUCACACAGGACGGACGCCGAGCCACGCUCCGACACAGGGCUGUCCGUCUGCUUGCCUGCAAUACUUUUUAAUCCUUAUUCUGCUCGUCCAUCCCCGACACUGAGCAGUUACAAGUUUUCAAUGUACAGUUGUGCCUGCUUAGCUGCGCACUCUAUUGCCUGUAUGUUUGAUGUUUGUCCCCCCACCUUUUGGUAUGGUUCCUUGGAGGGUCUGUACAGUCUGUUUUUUCUGUAUAUAUA